GCUCCCUGGCUGCUCGGACUGCUCCCUAAAUCCGCAGUUGUGCUGCCGUCGCGAGUCGAUACUACACAGCCUGACCCUCCUCCUCCUCCUCUUCCUCCUCCCCAUCCGCACGCUCCGCCUUUUCACUGCGAGGAAUUAGUUUUGCUGGGAUUUUUUUUUCUCCAGCUAUUUAUUUAUAUUUUUUUCCCGUCACAUGGUCCUUGGGUCGUCUGUGAGCUGUCGACGCGGGCUGCAGCUCGUCUGAGCAUCAUGGGGAUGUAAAGGAGGUGGACGGAGCCAAAAGCGAAGGAACUGCGCGUGUUUCGCCCUGCAUCUCCUCCGCUGCUGACGGGCUUCAGAGGAUCAUGCAACACCUAAAGCCAUGGCGAGCUGUGCUCAUUUUAACCGUGUUGUGGCAGCCAGGAACCUCAGACAAAUACGGUUGCCUGUUUGAGAGAAAGCUGUGCUCAAGGGAUCAGAUCUGCUCCGACGAUGGGCUGUUUGGUCAGUGUCGGACCUCCAAGCAGGACCAGGUCCAGUACCAGGUGUCGGUUCCUGUUCUGAAGAGGAUGCAGGAGGUCCUCAAACAGCUUAUGCUGCAAGGUCUUUCAUGGCAGGAUGACAUCACGCAGUAUAUUUUAUCGAAGGAGCUGAAGAGAGUCCCACACAACACCCUGCCCUCAAAGCCGACCUUCUCCUCUUCUUCUCAGUCCAAGCAGCACAGCCCCCCCCACCACAGCUCAUCCCCCGGUGGCAACUAUGUGGACUACAUGAUCGUGGAGCCGCCUCAGUCCCAGAUGCGCAUGCAGACGGCAUCUAUGGACCCGUACACAUACCACCAGCAUAGGUACCAAGAUGACGUAGAGCGGUCUCUAAUAGGGGCAGCAGGAGGCUACGCCCGCCCAUCUUCCAGGUCCCAGUCCAAUCAGAGAGAGCGGGACCGUGACAGACAGCUGCUACAGGAAGCCCUGUCUCUGUACCUGGCCUCGCAGCCCUCAUAUCGCCACAGAGGCCCCACGUCCAUGGUCCCUGCGGGUCUGCCCUAUUACGGAGACCUGGAACUGGAGAUACCGGUGGACUACGUGGAAGACUACACGCUGGAGGAGCGGCUCGGUGCUCCGGGCCGACAGCAGCCGCCGCUCAACCGAAAGGUUCCUCAGGACGCGACCGGCCCGUCUGGAAACAAUGACGGCCUGCUCCAGAGGAUGUCCGGAGUCCUGCAGAGGUCCGGCCUCGACCCCAGAGAGCUCAGCCAGGAGCAGAUGUACAGACUGGCCCUGGUGCUGCAGCUGCUGCAGUCGCAGGACAGAACCGACCCAGUGGAUAAACAGCGGGUCCCUCUUAGAGAGAUGCAGCUGUUGAAACCGGACGGCGCGCCGCAGAAGCCCGCCGCCGUCCUGGGCCCCCCCGCCGCCCCUCCCGCCCCCCCCGCCGCCCCGGCCUCGGCCACGCCCCCCGCCAAGAGCGCCAGGGUCCUCCCCUCCGCCGCCCAGCCGCCGCGCGCCGCCCCCGUGGAAGCGGGUCGGGCCUCGAAGGAGCAGGAGCCGCUGGUGGAGGGCGCGGGCGUCAAGGAGGAGUACGGGUACAUCGUCACCAACCAGAGUCAUCUGGGUCUGUACGAUGGAGUGAAGCUGCUGGAAAUACUGGCGGAGAAGAUUCACCUGACCACCAGCAGCUUCAUCAACAUCAGCGUGGUGGGUCCCGCUCUGACGUUCCGCGUCCGCCAGAACGAGCACAACAUGACGGCGGCAGAGGUGGCGGCUAAAGCUGAUGCAGAGAAAAAGUUCCUGGAGUCUGAGACAGGCCUGAAGAUCGUGCAGACCGGAGUGGGAGAGAGGACAGGUGCACGGGGUUUCCCUCAGGUGACCCGGGUUUCCACGGGCUCCAGUGGGACGGUCAUAACGCUGGUUUCCAUGGCGGUGGUGGGAGGCGUGUUGGUUUUGGCCAUGGCGGUAGCUUGUCUCAGACACUACGCUCAGCAGGUGACCAAUGGGAAGCUCGGCCUGGGGCCGGAGGGCGGAGCAGAAACACACUUUGACUACCAGGAGCUGUGCCGGCAGCACAUGGCGUCCAAGUCCUCGCUGUGCCGCCAGGACUGCGUGGGCGGGGUCAGCGGGAGCAUGGCGGGCGCCGCCGUGGGCCCCGGCGCCGGCGGGCGCAGGGGCACGGACACGUCCCGCGUCAGCAGCGUGUCCUCGCAGUUCAGCGACGGGCCGCAGCACAGCCCCUCGUCCACGCACAGCUCCACCCCGUCCUGGAGCGAGGAGCCGGCCCAGUCCAACAUGGACAUCUCCACGGGCCACAUGAUACUGGCCUACAUGGAGGAUCACCUGCGCAACAAGGACCGGCUCCAGAAGGAGUGGGAGGCGCUGUGCUCCUACCAGGCGGAACCCAGCUCAGUGGCGGUGGCUCAGGUCUCCAGCAACACGGACAAAAACAGACACGCUGAGUCCCUCCCCUACGACCACUCCCGGGUGAAGCUAAAGAUGGACGCGAACCCCAAUAAACAGGACUACGUGAACGCUAGCUUCAUAUUCGAUCAUGACCCCCGUCAGCCCGCUUACAUAGCCACGCAGGGACCUCUGCCUCACACCGUUGCUGAUUUCUGGCAGAUGGUGUGGGAGAACGGCUGCACGGUGAUAGUGAUGAUGACGGCCCUGGUGGAGGACGGAGAGAAGCAGUGUGAGCGCUACUGGCCUGACGAGGGCUCCUCGCUCUACCACAUCUACGAGGUGAACCUGGUGUCGGAGCACAUCUGGUGUAAGGACUUCCUGGUUCGCAGCUUCUACCUGAAGAACGUCCAGACGCAGGAGACCAGGACCCUGACGCAGUUCCACCUGCUGAGCUGGCCGGCCGACGGCAUCCCCACGUCCACGCGGCCGCUGCUGGAUUUCCGCAGGAAGGUGAAUAAAUGCUACAGAGGCCGAUCCUGCCCCAUCAUCGUUCACUGCAGCGACGGCACCGGCAGAACCGGCACUUACAUCCUCAUCGACAUGGUCCUGAAUCGAAUGGCAAAAGGAGUGAAGGAGAUUGACAUUGCAGCCACACUGGAGCACGUCAGGGACCAGCGGCCUGGCCUGGUCCACACAAAGGACCAGUUCGAGUUCGCGCUGACGGCAGUAGCCGAGGAGGUGAACGCCAUCCUGAAAGCCCUGCCCCAGUGAGACGCGCAGCCUCCACAGCACACGCGUGCAGUCACCGCACGUCAGGCCAUCACUGUACAUAGGAAUCUGCUCUGCCACACUUGGAGCAGUUGCUGCUUUGGUUUUCAGCAUGCACUACCCUCGUUCCCUGGGGCUCCACGCCCUCUGGGGCUCAUUUCAGUUUUGCGAAGGUGGCACAUUUUAGCGGGUUGUGUAAAUGAGUUACCGCCGAUCUCCGCUUCUCUCAGAAAUUUGUACCGAAUUCAGGCAACGCCACAACACGAGCGACAUGACACUGAUAAUGUAAAGUAAAUAACGUGCCUGUGUGAAUCCAGACGAAACCUCCAUAAGCCGUCGUUUGUGUAACAUUGCUUAAUUAUCUGAUUCAACCUUGGACUCGUCCUCCCUCUUUCUGGGCGUGAUGACACAAUUACCUCAAGUGAUUCAUUAACACCAAAGGAUGGUUUACCACCAACCCAGAGGCUUUAUCAGGCUGUUGUGCACAACUCUAGCAUUUCCUCCACCUAAAUUUCUAGGACGUCCGUCCCUCUGAAACGCUGGAAGGUUUCAUUUGGCUCUGAGUGUGGUCCAUAUCCUCUCCUGUAGGCUACCGUCUAGUCUUGUGUGUUUGGUUCCAGCAGGUUUUAUUUUGUGCAGCUUGUAUUUGCCUUGACAACAUGAUUGUCUGCACCUCCUUUCCUUUAUUUCUGCACACAAAGCCGACCUGUUUUGAGUUCUCUGGCGUCUUACUACCUUGUGAUCCGUGUAUAUAUUUCGCCCUGACGAUUGUGAUUCUUUCAUGUAGCAGACAGAUAGAAAACAACUAUAAAAAUGUAUUUUUGACUUUGCUCAAAAUAAAUUUGUGAUGUGAUGCAGCAGAAAACAAA